AUCAUUUACAGAUAUUAGAAAAUCAUUAUUUUGCAAGAUUACUUAAGCAUAACAAUAAUAAGGUAUCUCAUUGAUUUAGGGUGGAGAAAGCUCAUACUUGGUUGAAUUGUGGGAUGUUUUUAUGCCAAAAAUAUAGAACUAUUUACUCUACGUGGUUGAAGAAAGAGGUCAUGUGUGAGUGAUAAGACCAAUGACUGAUGUAUCACUAGUCACUUUAGGUUGUUGUACUUGUAGGUGAGAAAAUGCCGAUUUUCCUCUGAUUCUGUGGCAUAUUUCUCUACGGCAUGGCGGAAAGUGGUUCCCAGAGUAGCACUGAGACAUCUUUGAGGCAAUCGAGGGCAAAGAACCGGAAAGAAAACGAGGAAAUGGCGGAGACUGCGACAGGUCAGAAGCCUGGUGAGGACAUGGUCCCUGAGUGUGCAGUCUGUCUGCAGACAUGUGUCCAGCCAGUUCGUCUGCCAUGUACGCACAUCUUCUGUUACCUCUGUGUCAAGGGCGUGGCCAAUCAGAGCAAGCGAUGUGCACUUUGCCGCCAAGAGAUUCCCAUUGAAUAUCUGGAGCGACCGGAGCUCGUCAAGCCAGUCAAAGUUGCAGAGGAGGAAGAGGAAGAAGAAGAAGAGGUGUACUGCUGGUUCUAUGAGGGGCGCAACGGUUGGUGGCAGUAUGAUGAACGUACUAAUGCAGAGCUAGAAGAUGCUUACACAAAGAAGAAGAAAUCUUGUGAACUACUAAUAGCAGGGUUUCUGUACAUCAUUGACUUUGUCAACAUGUUGCAGUUUAGACGGAACGAUCCAAGCAGGCGGCGGCGGAUCAAACGUGACCUAACAAACACACCUAAGAAAGGAGUGGCUGGGGUGCGGCUCCCGGCACCAGCUCCUCCAAGGAAUGCCCCAGCAGAUGGAGUAGAAGGUGCAAGUGAAGGAGCCACAGGAGGGAACAGAUCUGUAACCGUCACAAGUAGAGCUACAAGUACAAAGUCAUCUGGAGGGUCAGCUGAUCAUGAUGAAGCCACAAGUGAAGAGAAUGCCAACAUAGCUGAAGAGGACACUACCAGUGAAGAUCUGAUGGACCAAUCAGCUCAUGGAAUUGCAAGACUGUCUCCAGAUUCAUUAAGACAGCACACACCUACUCAAGAAGAAGAUGAGGAGGAUACCAACUCCUCAGGAGGAGCUGAGAUGUCGGAGAUGGUGCGAAUGCUGCAGAGAAGUCAUCUGGGGAGAGGGUCGGACUCCAGCCGCAGCGGGGUCCUGCAGGCUGUGCUGCAGGGGCAGAUCAGCUCCCCAGCACCCGUCGCCAUGGCGAGGGAAGCCAUUCCUGGAGACUCGUCCGACGAGUCAGACUGAUGCUAGGAUAUGUAUUGUAAAGGACGUGACCUUUUCUGUUGUUUAUUUUUGUGUGAAGCCAGGGCUCAGUCUGUGGCUGUGUGGAAGAAUUAUCAAUAGGUUCCUGUCACCUCAGAUUAGCCAGAGUUGACGUUUUAUCUGUCUGUGGACAAACCUACCAGUCUGAGUCUGGGUGAAAGUAAUCCAAAUUCAAUUGCCAAGGACUUAUUGUAUAACUAGAAGUUGUGACUUUAUAUAGAAGUGAAGAGGUAAAAGUUUGCCACACAUUUUAUAUGCUUUUGAUUUUCAGUCUUGUUGGUAGAUAAUGGGAAGGAGGAUUGUAAUUUUAGUAACAUAGUAAACAUACACAAGACUAGAGGAUAUUACCCCCCGACACUCACUAUCUGGUUUAGCAUCCGUUCUGUGACUACCGGUUGGAUGUUGCGGGAAUUCGUUCAACCAUUGCCUCAAACAUAACAAAAUUUGUUGAAAGAAAGGAUCAAGUAAACAAAAGUGGUGCAAUCAAUACAAACUGCUUUGAGUGCUUUUAACAAAAUCUUAUUUGUGUAAGUAUGAGUUUUACAUCUAAAAGAUAAUGUACUGACAAACAUGUUGGUAUGAAACAAUUUUUUAUAACUUGUGCAAGGAGCUACCAAAACAUGAAUAAUCUGCUAUGGUAAAUGUGUAGAAACUGCCACUUUGAUGAAUUGAAAAUUUCUGUAUGAAUUCACAAGAUUACAUCAGCAAGGACUAGGUAUGCAGAGUUAAACUCUUAGCUGUCUGUGAUGAAAAUUCCAUUAUACUGUACUUAUUCCUAUACAUGUACCAGCUAAGCUACAUGUACAGUACAAUAGGCACAGUAAGUUGAGUAACAAUUGAAAAUGCCUCAUGUACUCAAGGAGUGAAUGCUUAACCCUCAUACAGCUUGGGAGUUGGUUAUGUAUCUGUAUUUUUUAUUGGUUAGAAUGUGGGUAGGAUGAGGGUAACUGUUUUACAUGCAUCAGAAAAUUCAGAAUAUAUACUAAAUUUAGAAAAGUUAAUACAAAAGCAACAUCAUACUCGCAGUCGUAGUGAAUUGCUUGGUAAAUGUAACAUAUCAAGGUGUGCUGUGUUUUUAGUACUAGUAGAUUGUGGCAGAUAGGGCCUUUCAAGUAAUUUGUAGGUAAAACUGUUCCCCUUGCAACGUAAGCAAUGUCAGAAAUCAGUGGUUAAAGUACUCCCUUGGUACUCAUACUUAUACUUAUAUCAGCUGAUUUCAGUGCUUUUUUUAUCCUCACUUUAAUUUUGCACCUGUAAGUUGCUAUUUAGAAGAGGGUGAAGUUGCUAUUUGGAAGAGGGUCAUAGACUUUGCUUUUAAAGAAAAUUCCAGAUGAUGUGAACUUGACAGGUGCUUUUGAAUUUCUGGCAGAUAUGGAUUGUAAAAGUCACUUAUUUUGACUGCAUUAGUUUAUUGAAGUGUCUUAAGGCAAAUGGGUUGCUUCAUGUCAAUCAAUGGUAAUUGUCUGACAUUCAUUGUUAGCUUGCAGUACUUGGAUGUAUUGGCAAGCUGCAUGUGGCUUUCGCCAGAAUGUACAUGAUGUAAUGCGUAUAUGGUAUGUAGCCUGGAAAUGCGGCUGGUAUCCAAACCGAUUGUAUCUGUCGAGUCUCUUUCAUCCUCUUUGGUCAACUUUGUGUCUUUGAGUAACUGCUGUUGCAUAAAAUUUGGACACAUACAAUAUAUGAACACAAACACGACUGUAUAUGCUUACAUUCCUGUAUCAUGCUGUUGCAAAGUGGCCAGGCUCAGUGACCGCUUCAAGUACAUGUACAGAUAGCACUAUUUAGUCAGGCUAUGGAUAAAAAUGUUGCAAACCUUCAUUUACUGCUGAAUGUGAAUUACAUAUUAGUCAGUUUUCUCUGCUUACUGAUUGAAUAAUGAUGCAUUGUUGAGUGUGUGAUGCUUUAUCAUGUGGUGACCAUGCAAUAUUCUGUUACAGCAAAAUUGGCAAAUAAAAGUCUCUACUGUGCCA